UUCAACGUCGUACUGUCCUGUUUUUUUUUUUUUUUUUUUUUUUUCAAAACGGCCAUCGUGGCUACUUAUGUGGAGACUGUGAUAAAAAAAAAAAAAAAAAAAGUGAAAUGAAAACAACCACAUUCCAAAUGCGGAAAUUAUGUCACUACCAGUAAGUAAGUUUUGAUUUCAUGUAUACUGCAGGUGCUGUUCUGGCAAGACUGGCACAACCGUUUUCUUAAGGUUUCAUUUUCAAAGGAUAUUCAGCCAAGUGGUUUACGUUUUUUAGAAGUUCCUCUUUCUUUAGUUUUUAAUAUAUUGUCGGCAAAAAAAAAAAAAAAAAAAAGAAAGACCGGUACAACAUAAGAACUAUUCAGUGAAAGGAUGAAUUGUAUUGAAUUUAUUGAGCCAGUAGUGGUUGCUUCACAAGUUGCCAGUGCGUUCUACGACACCGGGCUGUUGAUGGUGGUGAAAGAGCGUUACAAUGUGACUUCCAGCAAUUCCUCGCUUACCAACUCCACGGACCAUGGAGACUACGAGCAACAGACGGCAGUGUCAGAUUUCCUCAUGAUCUACAAUAUGAUCUCAGGAUUUGCCCCAUUCCUGCCGGCUUUCUUCCUGGCAAGGCUUGGCGACAAAUGGAACAGAAAGAUCCCGAUAUGUCUGCCCCUUGUGGGCUACAUGCUCUCCAGACUGAUGCUGCUGCUUGUUAUUUUUCUCCAGUGGUCUGUCAAAGUGAUGUUUGGGGCAGCUGUUGUGUACGGUUUGUUUGGAGGUUUUUCUUCUUACUGGGCUGGGGUCAUGGCUUUGGCAUCAGCACACUCGGAUGAAACUCAGAGGUCCAUCCGAUUAAUAAGCCUUGAGUUGGUCUAUGGAAUAGCUGGCUUUAUUGGCAGCAUCUCAUCUGGUCACAUCUUCAAUAUGUUUUAUGUUUCACAACAUCAAGGUGUUAUGCUGGUGGGGAUCAGUGUUUUUUUGUAUGCAUUUUGCUUGUCCUACAGCAUUUUCGUUUUGAAGGUACCCCGUACUGAGCGCACCCUAGCAAUACUCCCCCAUGGUCAAACGGCAGUCAACUAUGGUACAGGUGGACCCGACAAUGCACCCACAGUAGCAGAUGGGUCAUCGACUUCUGGCACGUUUGACUUGAUCAGCAUUGUGCUUUUGUUUGCUGCUGCUAUAUUGUAUGAUGUGUCAGUGUCAGGCGCCAUGGACAUCUUACCGUCCUUUGUCAUAAAGGAACCCCUGAGCUGGGGAGCUGAACAGAUUGGCUAUGGGAAUGCAGCAGGCUUUGUGAUUUUCAUCACCAGUUUCCUGGGAGUGUAUGUAUUCUCCAAGUGUUUAAGGGACACCACCAUGAUCAUCAUUGGGAUGGUAUCAUUCGGCACUGGGAUACUGGCCAUGGCGUUUGUGAGAAAGACCUACAUGUUCUACAUUGCUCGAGCUUUGAAUCUGUUUGCCUUGAUUCCAAUGCCUACCAUCCGGUCACUGCUGUCCAAACAAGUCCAAGGCUCGUCAUAUGGCAAAAUGUUCAUUUUACUCCAGAUGUCAUUCACCAUCGCCAGUGUGGCCACCUCACCCAUUUUCACCAAGAUUUACCAAGCCACCCUUGUGUGGUUCGCUGGAUUCUGCUUCAUUUUGUCCUGCAUUCUCAGCGUCUUAGCCAUCAUCCCUAUUGGCAUUGUGGGAUACCGGACAGGGAGACAUGGCUACACACGUCUUCCAAGCAACUGAGCGGGCACUUUCCCUCCCUUUAAUGCGCUGCAUCACAAUGAAGAACAUACAUUUCUGGUGCAUCACUUGCUGUGCUUGGCAUUUACCCCUAACACUGCUGUUUGUGGAGUUUGCAGCCCACAGUUGUAUAGUGUGUAGCAUUUGUUUUUCUGCAUAAAAUGCUAUAUUGACUUGUACAGUAUAUUACUGUAACCUACAUUUUGUAUUUUAACAAAAAGAAUGCUUCCACCCUAAGAGUGGCAGAGCUGUACUUCAGGUUUUGUUAAUGACAUAUUACAAUAAAACAGCACCCAAGCUUGAUAUCUGUAAACUUGUCUAAUCAGACAUAGUAAAACCUGGAGUGGCUCAAUGGCUUAUGUCCAUCACUACACUAAGAUUUUUAGUUUUUAUAUUUUAGUGUAAAACACAUCAGUGUGUUACGCACACCAGACAUAAGAAAAUGAAAAAGAUGUAUAUAUUUAAGAUAAUCUUUUUUUAUUACUGUGUUACCACUUCAAUAGAUGUG